UUCCUCAUGAAAGAUCCUGUUUUCACUGCUAACUUUUCUCUUUAGAUUUUUUGAUAGUGCCAUUUUUUCCACAGCUAAUAGCAACACGUGGAAAUGUGUGUGGGGUGGUUGUUGUUGUUUUUUAACAAAUGUGCAGAUAAUUAAUAGCGCCCCCAAUGGACAGUCAGCAAAUUUAACCUCCAUCAGCCAGCUUGAAUGUCUCAGUACAUCUGUUGUGUCAUUUCACGAGCGCCUAUCAUUUUCAUCCUCCCCUAUUAAUUCAAUAAAUUAACCAUUGUUUUGGUUGUGGCCCGCCAUGUAAUGGGUUGGAAAAAAUCUGGCCAAACUUAAUUGCCGACCCCUGCUCUACAGCCUCUUAAAUUCCUAAACUACAGUUAUUCUCCCAACUGGUUGUAAACAUGUUGUUUACCUGGAGGUUAAAGUCUGAACUGGUUGUAAACAUGUUGUUUAUCUGGAGGUUAAAGUCUGAACUGGUUGUAAACAUGUUGUUUACCUGGAGGUUAAAGUCUGAACUGGUUGUAAACAUGUUGUUUACCUGGAGGUUAAAGUCUGAACUGGUUGUAAACAUGUUGUUUACCUGGAGGUUAAAGUCUGAACUGGUUGUAAACAUGUUGUUUACCUGGAGGUUAAAGUCUGAACUGGUUGUAAACAUGUUGUUUAUCUGGAGGUUAAAGUCUGAACUGGUUGUAAACAUGUUGUUUAUCUGGAGGUUAAAGUCUGAACUGGUUGUAAACACGUUGUUUAUCUGGAGGUUAAAGUCUGAACUGGUUGUAAACAUGUUGUUUACCUGGAGGUUAAAGUCUGAACUGGUUGUAAACAUGUUGUUUAUCUGGAGGUUAAAGUCUGAACUGGUUGUAAACACGUUGUUUACCUGGAGGUUAAAGUCUGAACUGGUUGUAAACACGUUGUUUAUCUGGAGGUUAAAGUCUGAACUGGUUGUAAACACGUUGUUUAUCUGGAGGUUAAAGUCUGAACUGGUUGUAAACACGUUGUUUAUCUGGAGGUUAAAGUCUGAACUGGUUGUAAACACGUUGUUUAUCUGGAGGUUAAAGUCUGAACUGGUUGUAAACACGUUGUUUAUCUGGAGGUUAAAGUCUGAACUGGUUGUAAACACGUUGUUUAUCUGGAGGUUAAAGUCUGAACUGGUUGUAAACACGUUGUUUAUCUGGAGGUUAAAGUCUGAACUGGUUGUAAACACGUUGUUUAUCUGGAGGUUAAAGUCUGAACUGGUUGUAAACACGUUGUUUAUCUGGAGGUUAAAGUCUGAACUGGUUGUAAACACGUUGUUUACCUGGAGGUUAAAGUCUGAACUGGUUGUAAACACGUUGUUUAGCUGGAGGUUAAAGUCUGAACUGGUUGUAAACACGUUGUUUAUCUGGAGGUUAAAGUCUGAACUGGUUGUAAACACGUUGUUUAUCUGGAGGUUAAAGUCUGAACUGGUUGUAAACACGUUGUUUAUCUGGAGGUUAAAGUCUGAACUGGUUGUAAACACGUUGUUUAUCUGGAGGUUAAAGUCUGAACUGGUUGUAAACACGUUGUUUAUCUGGAGGUUAAAGUCUGAACUGGUUGUAAACACGUUGUUUACCUGGAGGUUAAAGUCUGAACUGGUUGUAAACACGUUGUUUAGCUGGAGGUUAAAGUCUGAACUGGUUGUAAACACGUUGUUUAUCUGGAGGUUAAAGUCUGAACUGGUUGUAAACACGUUGUUUAGCUGGAGGUUAAAGUCUGAACUGGUUGUAAACACGUUGUUUAUCUGGAGGUUAAAGUCUGAACUGGAAGUCUCUCGGCCCAACAUGUCGUGUUUUCAGCAGUGGUGACAGAAAUAACUGGGACUUAAUGGAAAAACGUAUUUAAAAACAGAAAAGUGACGAGACGGCUGAAGUGUAGGAAGCAGGAAGUGGCAUUUAAAUGGCAUUUCUCAAAGUUCACAGCGUCCCUCCAUCGAUUCUGUUCAGGGGAAAGUUUUAUCAACGCUCUGGAUUCAUUCAGGUAAUAAAACCGACAAGAAAAAACGACGUGAGAGGAGCUAAAGGUCAGAUUUAGAGGGAUGGAGGUCAGCAGGAGCACAACUCUGUCCUAUUAGAGCUAAUUUAUUAUUCAUUAUUUAGUCA